GGCUCCGCCCAGACGACGACGACGACGAAGUGUUCGGGAGAAGCGCGAGCCGCGAUUUUGCUACGUACACACCCCGGGACCUAUUGCUACCAGAAAAAUGGAUCGGAAGGAUAUCGAAGAUUUUCUGAAGCGAUCGAAUUCGAUAUGUGAUCAGACAUCCACUGAACUCGAUGAAGUGAAUGUACGACGGAUGUCACUCAAAGAAUUCACUGGCUUGAACGACACAAAAGAAGAAAUGACAGAGCUACCAAUACCGUCGUGGAAAUCUUCAACAACACCUUCAUCUCUGAUCAGUUCCUACUCUGCUCGACGAAGGAGUGUAUUAGCCGCAGAGCUGCCGGAAAGUCCAACCAGGAAACUGACUGCUCCUAGGGAAGAAAGCGUCGAUUUACCUACAGCUAUCAGAAGGGUUGAGAGACUGCAAGCUCGUUUACAAGAAGCGCAUGCUAGUGCAAAUCCAUCGUCAAAUUCUACGCAAGCCGAUGACCAGCACAAACUGCUUGAAGAAAGCAAAAGGAUGGUUGUUGCUGCGAACGAAUUCUCACAAAUCAAAUGUUCUGUGCCGGAAUCGAAAUGGAGCACGGCCAUCGCUGAGGUAACCGACUGUGCUGAUUGUUUGACCACAGCUGCUCAACAGGCUAUUUGCUCGAGCAGUGUAUACUAUUCCCAGCUAUUCAGCACUGAAGUAACUCAAGUACUGCAAGCGCUACAUGAUGCUCUGAACGCUUUGGAAGAGGCGCGAACAAAAAAUGAUGAUUCUAUAUCUUUGAAACCAAUGACUAAUCUGAUAUCAAGAACUAACCAGCUUCUUCACGCCAGUUCAACGACGAGUUCGACCACAACAUAACUUUGCUUUCUUUGCACAGCAAAAAUCCAAGCUUGUAUGCAGGAUAUCUCAUGCCAGUAUUUUUAUUGCAAGGUUUCAUGUAUAUGUCUCAAAGUUGGUUUGUUUGGCAUUUU